AUGUCCCAGUUGCCGGGGGGAGAACCUCGUUCGGAGCAAACCACCCCUCAGUUGUCCCCCACCCAAUCAUUUUCCUGCAUGCAGCCGCCUCACAGGAAUAGCCGUCGAGAUGGCCCUGGCAACUCGAUUAUCUCGCUUCCAUCCCUACGCGAGCUCUCCAAGACACCACCUACUCCUUCGGAUAAGAGAUAUGGUCAUGUUUUGGGUGUUCACUCUAUCCUCAAUCCUCAAAUGGAUCAGACGGAACAGCCGAGGAGUCGAAGACGCAGUGCAUCUCAGAUGGAGUCGCCUUCACCUGUUGAAUCACUGCAUCCCCAAAACCUGCCCUCAAUCAGUCGUCGUCCUAGUGUCGAGCGUACACAAAGCGAACUCAAUAGUUCGAGGCAGAUUCAGCCCUUGGGGAAGCCUACUGCAAGGCACCGGUUGACUGCCCUGUCACCAAGGCUGCAUAAACCGAAGAGCCUUGGAAUCCUCAAUGCACCUACAGGUACAAUUGAUGCACAUCAGUCGCCCUUCCUGUCUGGUAGCAUCCGCCCGUCUGAUCCAGGAGCAUCACAGCCAGCUUUACCUACGCCUCCCGUCGUAAGCCGAGGUGCAUACUUUCCUCCAGGGUUAUCGAUGGCGCCGACUCCUCCACAUUCAAACCGUGCAGAGGUUCGUCGCCCAAGUGCGAACUACUCUCAGUCUGGCAGCGCGAGCCCCAUGACCCACUAUUCGUCUUACAGUCGAUCUACCUCUGUUGCGUCGGGAUACGAGAAUCUUAGUUCGCAGGGACACUACAUGGCUAUGCCACCAAAUGCCCAAGUGCAAGACGGUCAAAAUUCAACCAUGUCGAUUGAACACAACAUGAUUCCCAUGGCACCUAGUGCCCAAAGUAGCAUCCAGCUUAUGACGAUCAAAAGCCAACAGGGGCAUCCGGUUCAGAUACCCGUGGACGUCCAAGCAGCUUCCAAGGUUGCUGAUGAAAAGCGAAGGCGUAAUGCUGGCGCCUCUGCUCGCUUUCGUGCUAGGCGAAAGGAAAAGGAGCGUGAGGCGUCCGUGAGCAUCUCUCGUUUGGAACAACAAUUGCGCAACGCACUAGAAGACGCCGAUUACUAUCGCGGUGAGAGAGAUCACUUCAAAUCUGUUUUAUACCAACAACCUGGGGCUGAAAGACAUUGCGCAAGACCUUCGUCGCCUCGAUUGAGACGCCUGUCAAUAUCAAUUUCCCACCCAACCUCUCCUACCACUGUCGACGGCUCAGAGGAAUCCUACGCGGGAUACGAAGAAGAGAGCCAUGAUUCCGAGCGGAACGUACGUAGGCGGACGAGCAGCUAUCACCCUGUUGUUGGACCUUCACCCACUGAGUUCAACAACCCUUCUGACAACUACUCUGCACCCAUGUUUUCGUCCGCAAACCGUUCGACGAUUCCUGGUUCAUCUCCGAUUCAGCACGCACCUCCGCAAGAGCAAGGCCUUCCAAGGCAAUCCUACUUGGAACGUCCCGAUUAUCGUGGUUCCUUUGGUUCGGAUGCUGGACGUUAUCAGCACAGAUAUUGA